UGAAUAAUUGUUGCGAUCAUUGUUACAGAUUAUAUAUAUUUUAAAUUUAAAAACUAAAAUCAAACGAUUAUUAGUGAGAAUACACUGUAAUAAACGUUGAAACCAAUGGACAAGACAUCAAAUCAGUUCGCGACAAAUGUCUUCUUCCAAUCACAUCACGUCUCGCGACUAAAACGGGGAGAAAUCCUCGGAAGCGGUCGUCGAUUCAGGGGAUGUACCGUUUGGUUCACCGGUCUGUCGGGGGCCGGGAAGACGUCGAUAGCGUUCGGUAUCGAAGACUUUUUGUGCCGAAACAAGAUCUUCACGUAUGCCUUAGACGGCGAUAAUAUACGUUACGGUCUGAACAAGGAUUUGGCCUUCAGUUCGGACGACAGGACUGAGAAUAUUCGCCGCAUCGGAGAAGUGGCCCGACUUUUCGCCGACGCGGGCGCUAUAGCUUUGACCAGUUUUAUCAGUCCGUUCGCCGCCGACCGCAACAGUGCCCGCAAAAUACACGAAGACGCAGACCUGCCCUUCUUCGAGGUGUUUGUCGACACACCUCUCGAAGUGUGCGAACAGAGAGAUGUGAAGGGCUUAUAUGCGAAGGCGAGGGCCGGAAAGAUAAAGGAGUUCACGGGAAUCGAUAGUAAAUAUGAAUUCCCAGAGAAACCGGAUCUAGUUUUAAAGGCCGGCGAAGACUCCAUCACUGAUUGCGUUAAUAAAGUUAUUGAUCUUCUCGUCAAGAAUAAAAUAAUCUCAGAGGAGAUAAUACGGGAGAUCCACGAACUCUUCAUUCCUGAAGCAGAGCAAAGUCACUAUCGAUUGAUCGCUUCAUCGCUUCCAUCCAUUGAAAUCGAGACAAUCGACUUGCAAUGGGUUCAGGUGUUGUCCGAGGGUUGGGCCACACCAUUGAAGGGUUUCAUGAGAGAGACUCAAUACCUUCAAUGCCUUCAUUUCGGAGCCAUAAUCGACGAGACUCUUCACAACCAGACCAUUCCUAUAGUGUUAGCGAUUGACGACCAAAACAAAGAGCGCAUCGAAAAGUCAAAGAAUAUUUGUUUGCUUUACAAAAACAAUUUGAUCGCAAUCUUAGAGGACAUCGAGAUCUUCGCGCACCGGAAGGAGGAGAGGGCGGCCGCGGUGUUCAAGACGACCAACAGAGGCCAUCCGUCCAUUAAGAUGAUCUACGAUAGCGGCGAUUGGUUAGUGGGAGGAGAUCUCAAAGUGUUCAAUAAGAUCACGUGGAACGACGGUCUCGAUGACUAUCGGCUGACACCCAAUCAGAUCAAGAAGAGACUCAAAGACAUGAAUAUCACGUGGAACGACGGUCUCGAUGACUAUCGGCUGACACCCAAUCAGAUCAAGAAGAGACUCAAAGACAUGAAUGCGGACGCCGUGUUUGCGUUUCAGUUGCGAAACCCCAUACAUAACGGACACGCGUUACUAAUGCAAGAAACCAAACAAACGCUCCUAAAGCGGGAGUUCAAGAAUCCGGUGCUUUUGUUGCACCCAUUGGGCGGUUGGACUAAAGACGAU